UUCGGGCGGAAAAAAGCAUAACAAUUUUUUGCGCGCGCUGACUGCGCGCAGCUGCACACGGCUUUCUUAUCUUAUCAGCCUCGAUUGGCGGGGCACAAGCGGGUAUAAAAAGCCCGAUCCUACAACCAUACAACAUCAAAAAGUUUCAAAGCUUCUCGGCUAAACUACCAGUCUCAACCACCACCAACCGAAACUCUUAAAGAUGCCUUGCAAGGGAUGCGGAAACAACUGCCAAUGUUCGGCCGGCAAGUGCGGAGGAAGCUGCUCCGGAAAUAGCCAGUGCCAGUGCGCCUCCAAAACCGGAGCUAAAUGCUGCCAGGCCAAGUGAUUGCUAAAAAUUAGUCCUAAAUAGCUAAUAGUUUUUAAUAGUUGUUACACAAUAUCCGACUGAUCCUUCCCUUAUCCUGAUGCUAAAUAAAACUCCUAUAAUGUCAUAGUUAAAA